AUGCGCUGGAAAAGUGAAGUCAAAGUAGAGCGCUGCAUGGUUAGCGAGAGUGAGACUGGAUCUCUGUUGUCCAACGAUGAGCUUCUCGACAUGUGUGAAGAUUGCAAAGGAGACGAAGAGCUGCUAGGCAAAUGCACUGAGGACAGGAGAGACAUAAUGGGCGCGCCGGUGGAAGUUUUGGAUGAGGACGCGCCGACGCUGCAGGCGAUGUCCUCUGCGCCUCUGUUAGGCAGAGCUAUGUGUGCCAGCUGCAACGGCGAGAUUGUGGAUAAAUAUUUAUUGAAGGUUAACGACUUGUGCUGGCAUGUGCGCUGUCUCUCCUGCAGCGUGUGCCAGACUUCACUUGGCAGCCACACUAGCUGUUACAUCAAAGAAAAAGCGGUUUACUGUAAACUGGAUUACUUCAGAAGAUACGGCACCUGGUGUGCGUGCUGCGGCCGGAACAUCCACUCCACAGACUGGGUGCGCCGGGCGAAGGGGAACGUGUAUCACCUGGCCUGCUUCGCCUGCUUCUCCUGUAAGAGACAGCUGUCCACCGGGGAGGAGUUCGCCCUGGUGGAGGAGAAGGUGCUCUGCAGGGUCCACUACGACUGCAUGCUGGACAACCUCAAGCGGGCCGUGGAGAAAGGAAACAGUGUUAACAUGGACGGAGCUGUGCCCACUGAACAGGAGAUUAAUCAGCCAAAACCCUCCAAAAGAGCACGGACCAGCUUCACUGCUGACCAGCUGCAGGUGAUGCAGGCUCAGUUCGCCCAGGACAACAACCCAGAUGCCCAAACGCUGCAGAAACUGGCGGAACAGACGGGUCUCAGUCGAAGAGUCAUACAGGUCUGGUUCCAGAACUGCCGAGCACGCCACAAGAAGCAUGUGAGCCCCAACCACACCUCCAGCACCCCCAUGACCUCUCUGCAGCCCAGCCGCCUGUCCCAGCCCACCCCGACUCCCGAGGAGCUGCAGUACACAGUGUACGGAGGCCCGGAGGGAUCCAUGCUUUCCGCACUACACUCCUUCAUAGACAUUCACACCCCUCCAUCCAUGUUUCAACCACUGCUGCCAGCCCACGCCAUGACCUCCCUGCCUGUGUCUCACGCCUGA